CGCACUGUGGCAUCCGGAGCCGCAUACCUCAGGCGAGGUGCAAAUUGCCGACGUGGGACACAUCGUCGACGGCGCGUUCAUCCGGCUAUUCAACGUGGCUGACAGCGACCCAACCCGGAGGUGCUGCCGAGCGAUGUCAUGCAGUCGCGCGAUGUACGCGAUGGGUUCCUAUUUCGAGGAUCGUACCGCAGUGAUGGUGUGCAAGAAAUUGGGGAGAGUUUUCAUACCGAGGCAAAUCGCCUGGGAGGCGCAGGCGGUGGAGGCUUGGAAGCUCGUUUUACCUGCAGGCGGGAUGAAGGGGCUGUCCUGGUCCUGAAUUCUGAGGCAAGAAAGGAUGGCAUCCUCGACAGCUACCGCAUUCGCCGAUACAUCUACGACUGUCAUGAAACAUGGCUUCACUAUAUCAGCAACCAUAAGGACGGCCCGCGUCUAGUCAUUCAACCAGAGAGCAUCGCCUUCGUUCAGAGCUGGGUUAAGACGUCGCCGGAUUGGAAAGCGAUGACGUUCUUCAAUUCAAGAACUGGGACUUCGUAUCCUUCGUCAAGUCAGACGGAGCUCAAGGACCAGUGUAUUUUCCUCAGCUGUUACAUGGUGAAACGGAGGCUGAGCAACACCCCGUGGGUACGGGCGGCAGCGGGAUACCACCAGCUUCAGGACGACCGUGAUAGGAGAGGCGACGGCGGGGGAGAAGGAGUGUCUACGAUGGAUGUCUCUGAUGAGGAUGAGUUCAUGGACGGGAUCAAGAGCCAGAAUGCCCAAGGGCCCCUCAAUGACUUACUUGAGUAUAUUCUGUAGGUCUCUGAUGCGGAAGUGGCUAUUGGGUCGGACGAAGAUGUUGAAAGUAUCCUUAUGGGCCAGCCCUGGCCGGAAGAUAUGGCGUCAUACUUGCGGCAGACGCGUCCUACAAUUGAGAUCAUCGAUGGCAUGGGGAUGAUUUCGCUUCCAGAGAAGAUUCAGCGGGAGCGAGAACGUCAAUACAGCAACCAUGACUCUUCAGAGUCAGGCAAGGCAGAGUACCCGAGCAUCAGCACCAAAGAAGCCGGAGCGCUAGCCGAUGGACGAAUUUUGUUUGGGCCCUCUCAGAUUGCAGCUCGCACCCUGGACUGGAAACAUUUGAAGCUGCAGCAUAAAGAAGCGGAGAAUGGCGCCAUAACGUGCGUCUCGAUGUGCCCGAGUGGCAAACUAUUCGCGGCAGCCUGGGAUGACAGCAUCGCCAUCACGGUCUGGAGGCUUCAGGACGGUCUCACCGUCCAACAUCUCGGAACCGAAGGACACGCAGACACGAUCUGGUCAAUUGCUUUCUCCCCCGAUAGCAAGCACAUUGUCUCGGGAUCCGCUGACGCGCUUGCUCUUGUUUGGGACGUCGGGACCGGAGUCAUCAUACAUCGUUUGGCGGGUCAUACACAGGACGUCAUGGCAGUUGCGUACUCCCUUGAUGGUGUUUUGAUCGCCACCGGCUCCUCGGACCACUCCCUCAAGAUCUGGGAUGCUCUCAGCGGAACGCUGCUUCACUCCCUGAACGACCUCGGGUCGGACGUUAAGCGAGUCGUCUUCUCCCUUGACGGCUCUCAUCUUGCCGCUUGUUCAGACGUCUCUGUGACGGUCUGGGACCCACGUGAAGGUGCCCGCAUUGCCACCUUACCUGGACACAACAGCGCAAUCGGGUGCAUGGCAUUCUCGCCCGACGGCGACCGUAUCGUGACGGGGUCCGAGGACAGUAGCGCGCGUGUGUGGAGUGCGACCAGUGGCGAGGUGCUGGCGGAGCUACACGAGCACACGAGCUCGGUCAGGUCGGCGGCAUUCUCGCCCGAUGGAAGCGAGGUUGCGACGGCAUCACAGGACGGUACCGUCGUCACGUGCGACUCGUGGACGGGCGAGCGACGUUUCAUGUUGGGAAACGACGUCGACACCGCCGUCGAGGCUAUAGCGUACUCGCCCAAGAACGACCCUAUCGCUUCCGGAGCGGCGGAUGGGCGCGUGCGCGUGUGGAACGCGAAGUCUGGAACAUUCUUUGCGGAGUUCCAGGGGCACGAAGGGGAGGUGAAGAAUAUAAUAUUUACCCCUAACGGUCUGGAUCUUCUGUCCCAUGCAGAUGACGGUACCGUACGAUGCUGGAGUAUUCUCGAUGCUUUGCGGCUGGCUUUGUGAAGUGUUGACUGUUAUGCGAUCUUGGCCGCUCCCUCCUUCAAACAGUCUCAGUACGGGGCUAGUUUAUCUCUGCUUAUGUACCUCGUGUAUUCUGGGCUCGUGUGAAUCCGCCGCAAUCCGCGGUUCGAGGGUGUUGUGGUUACAGUGCUUUGAAGUCGUCUACUUUU